AUGGGGGUUUCAAACUUACAGAAACUGAUCAAUGAUUUAUUGAUUGAUGUUAACAUAGGAAAAACAGGGAUUAUCAUUGAUGGUGAUAAUCUGUACUAUUCUUUGUAUUUUAACUCUGAUCCGAAGCUGGACCAGCGCUGUGGAGGAGAUUAUCCUGGAUUUAAAGAUGAGGUCUGUAAGUUCUUUCAAACUCUGGAGGACUGUGAAGUCACACCGAACAUCAUCCUGGGUGGAGGCCCAGGGUCCGAGAAGCAAAAAACUCUUAAGUCUCGUCAACAAGAUAAACAAAAAAAAGCAAAGAAAAUAGCAGAGUCAAAGCCUGGUGACACUUUACCAGAAGGAUGUGACGUUUUACCACCACUGGUCAGAGAUGUCUUCAUAGAAGUCUUAAAGGAGAAAGGCAUAGCCUUUGAACAGUGUUUAGGAGAGGCAGACCCUGAGGUGGUUUCUGCUGCUAAUGAGAAAGAAUGUCCUGUGCUGUCCAACGACACAGAUUUCUGCAUCUAUGAUCUCCACAAAGGUUUCCUUCUUCUGGACAACUUUGAGUGGAAAAGGAAAAAAGAUGGAAAAAUUCCUGCUAAGCUCUUCACACGUUCAAAGUUCUGUGAGCGUUUCAGCCUGGACCCUGCCCUGAUGCCGGUCUUUGCUUCAAUAGCAGGGAAUGAUUAUUCAAGAUUAGAAGACAAUGGGAAGUUUGCAAAUGAAUCAUCUUCACCUGGUGAACACAACAUCAAACGACUGCACGGUAUGCUCAGCUUUUUAAAUACAGUGAAUCUGGAAAACUUGAAUGAUUCACAGAAAAGAGAUCGUGCUCUGAAUGCAGCUUUAAAACGUGUUGGUAAAAAAGAGACUCAAACUUUCAAAGUCUCCAUUCAAGAAUAUGUUGAACCAGGAAAAGCUAGUUCUACAUUGCCUUCAUGGGUGUGUGAAAAAAUUCAGCGUGGAGAAUUCACGUUCAUCACAAGUGUUGUGGAUCAGCCCAGUAGUGGCCACAUCAAACAGUACUUCAAUAGACUGUUAACAGGAAGAGACUGUACAAAGAAUCAUGUCCCAUCAGAUUUGAGCAGUGAUGAAUGGAAAAAGCUGCAACUACAACGUCUGAAUAAGGCUCCUGAGGAUUUACGUCAGAAGGUGUUUGAAGAAGCUCUGCAGGUUCAGAUUUCAGCCUUAACAAACAUUCCCAGCAGUUUGAAGCUGCCCGUCUGUGUGACCAUUGUCUGGUUCAGGGAGCUACAACAGGACCCAAAGUCUUUCAGCUGCCUCCAUGCCCUCCUGCUGUGGUUUGUCUUUGGCCUCCAAGGUUCAGAGGACGAGUUUGAGAGGAGGAUGAAAGCUUUAAAGGAUGAAGGUAUGAGCACGGAGCUGCAGCCCCCUGUGGCUCAUGCUUUCAGGGAGUGGCAGUACUGCAUGAGGCAGAGCCUCCACCUGAACCAGCUGCUGUGUUCCCCUCUCCCAGAGCCUCAGUGUUCUCGACUUUACUGUGGACCUCUCCUUCAUCAGCUGGCAGAGGAACACACGAUCGAAGAACUAGAGAACAUGCUGACUGGAGAAAAGAAGACGGUAUAUGAAGACUUAAAGGGUAUUUGUCAUCCUCCUACUGGAGAACGAUCCUCCCAGUCCUCUACUGGGGAGGGGUCCUCUAGUGGGGAGGCAUGGCAGCGAGUUACGCACAAAAGGAAGUGUAAGAACAAAGAAGAACAGAGGAACUUGAAGCAGAGAAAAACCUGAUCACUGAAACUGAGUGAUGCUGCUGCUCCUCACAGGAUAAGAUCAGCUGAUCAGAGGAGGACUGUGUGGUCCUGAAGCUCUGUUAUGUUACACAUCUUUGUUUU